GUCCGCGCCUUCCUCCCGUGCUCGCAGGAACGUUCCCACCCCAGGCUCCACCCAGCUGGAGGGCGGACCCUGUCGUCACCUGUCUCUGGGCAGACCUGCCCCGCGCAGGUUGGCCCAGGGCGCCCAGGGCCUAGCGGAGCUGCACGCCCCUUGCGCGCCGCGGGGCGGGGCGGGGCCGCAGGCUGCGAGCUGUCCACGCUGCGCGCGGCGGCGGAUUGGGAAGCCCAGCUCCGCUCUGCUAGGAUGCUGCGGGCCGGAGCGCCCACCGCCGGCUUGGCCCGGACGGCAGAAGUCCACACCGGGACAACCAUCAUGGCGGUGGAGUUUGACGGGGGCGUCGUGGUGGGGUCCGACUCCCGUGUGUCGGCAGGGACAGCGGUGGUGAACCGAGUGUUUGACAAGCUCUCCCCUCUGCACCAGCGGAUCUACUGUGCCCUCUCCGGUUCCGCUGCCGAUGCCCAAGCCAUAGCUGACAUGGCCGCCUACCAGCUGGAGCUGCACAGCCUGGAACUGGAGGAGCCGCCCCUUGUUCUGGCGGCUGCGAAUGUGGUGAGGAACAUCUCCUACAAGUACCGCGAGGACUUGUCAGCGCACCUCAUGGUGGCUGGUUGGGACCAGCGUGAAGGGGGCCAGGUGUAUGGAACCAUGGGAGGGAUGCUGAUCCGACAGCCCUUUGCCGUCGGUGGCUCCGGCAGCACAUACAUAUAUGGCUACGUAGACGCAGCUUUCAAGGCGGGCAUGAGCCCUGAGGAGUGCCGACGCUUCACCACAGAGGCCAUCGCUCUGGCCAUGAACCGCGAUGGCUCUAGCGGAGGGGUCAUCUACCUGGUGACCAUUACGGCCGCCGGCGUGGACCACCGGGUAAUCCUGGGAGAUGAGCUGCCGAAAUUCUACGACGAGUGAUUUGUCCCCGGACUCACCUCAUUGUUUGUAAUAAACUUCAUGGAGCCAGAAGCUGGUGUGACGGAUAGAGGACCCAAGGUGAAAGGGUGUCAGAGAGGAACACUGUGAGGAGGGAAGGUUCCUCCCAACCCAGAUAGCACCAUGGCCUUUCAUUCUUUUUCUUAAAAUAAACUUUAUAAUAAAAAAAAACACUUGUCAAUAAAAAUAAAUAAAACGUAUAAAUGAAUAA